AUGGCAAAGAAAAAGGGAACCGAUAUAAAUGAACUGAAGCAAGAAGUUCGCAUGGAUGAACAUUUGGUCUCAUUGGAAGAAUUGGUGCUACGCUAUGAAACCAAUUUAGAAAAUGGUUUAACAUCAACGAAAGCGGCUCAAAUUUUGGCUCGAGAUGGACCAAAUGCAUUAUCGCCUCCAAAAACUACUCCCGAAUGGUUAAAAUUCUGUAAAAAUCUCUUCGGUGGUUUCGCUUUAUUAUUAUGGAUUGGAGCCAUCCUGUGUUAUAUAGCAUAUUCAGUGGAUUAUUUCACCAUGGAGUAUCCAUCCAAAGAUAACCUUUAUCUCGGUAUAGUGUUGAUGAGCGUUGUCAUUAUCACUGGCUGUUUCCAGUAUUAUCAAGAAAGCAAAAGUUCGAAGAUCAUGGAAUCUUUCAAGAAUUUAGUACCCACUUAUGCACUUGUCCAUCGCGACGGAGAAAAGCGUCAGAUUCAAACUGAACAACUUGUUGUUGGUGACAUAGUUGAAGUUAAAGGUGGUGAUCGGGUACCUGCGGAUCUUCGAAUUAUUACGGCAUUCGGUUUCAAAGUCGAUAACUCUUCUCUGACUGGCGAAUCUGAACCGCAAUCUCGUUCGCCAGAAUGCACCAAUGAAAAUCCUUUAGAAACGAAAAAUAUCGCAUUUUUCUCCACCCAUGCUGUCGAGGGAGCAUGUAAAGGACUUGUGAUCUACACUGGCGAUAGAACGGUUAUGGGUCGAAUCGCUCAUUUGGCAUCAGGGCUUGAUACUGGAAAAACUCCUAUUGCUCGCGAAAUAGAACAUUUCAUCCAUAUUAUCACAUCAGUCGCUGUUUUUCUUGGUGUCACAUUCUUUAUUAUAGCAUUCGUCUUGGGAUAUCACUGGCUGACUGCUGUUGUAUUCCUUAUCGGUAUAAUCGUCGCUAAUGUACCUGAAGGUUUAAUAGCUACAGUAACUGUUUGCUUGACUUUGACCGCCAAGCGAAUGGCAUCAAAGAAUUGCUUAGUGAAAAAUCUCGAGGCCGUCGAAACCCUUGGUUCAACAUCUACGAUUUGCUCUGAUAAAACAGGAACUUUAACUCAGAAUCGAAUGACAGUUGCUCAUAUGUGGUAUGAUUUGAACAUCGAAGAAUGUGACACUACUGAAAACCAGUCUGGUGUUCAGCAGAAUAUGGUUCGAGGCAGUACACUGGCAUCACUCACUCGCAUUUCUGCACUUUGUAAUCGUGCUGAAUUUAAGCCAGGCCAAGAAGAUAUUCCCAUUUUACGGCGAGAAUGCACUGGUGAUGCAUCAGAAAUCGCUUUGCUCAAAUAUAGUGAACUAACCAUUGGCAAUAUUUCAUCAUAUAGAGCACGCAAUCCGAAGCUUGCUGAAAUUCCUUUUAAUUCUACUAAUAAAUUUCAGGUUUCUAUACAUGAAACCGACGAUGGAAAUGAUGAUUAUUUGCUGGUGAUGAAAGGUGCACCAGAGCGUAUUCUUGAUCGAUGUACGACUAUAUUAAUUAAAGGCAAAGAAGUUCCUCUUGAUACCAAAUUAAAAGCGCAUUUUAAUGAUGCAUAUCUCACGUUAGGUGGUAUGGGCGAGCGUGUACUUGGAUUCUGUGAGCUUCGUUUAGAUCACAACAAAUAUCCGAAAGACUAUGCUUUUGAUACGGAAGAGGUGAAUUUCCCAAUCGAUUCCCUUUGCUUUGUUGGUUUAGUGUCUAUGAUCGAUCCUCCUCGUGCUGCUGUACCUGACGCUGUUGCUAAAUGUCGUUCUGCUGGUAUUAAAGUUGUCAUGGUUACCGGGGACCACCCAAUCACAGCAAAAGCAAUUGCGAAAUCUGUUGGCAUAAUUUCAGAAGGGACAGAAACUGUUGAAGAUAUCGCCAUUAGAAAGAACUGUACUGUUGAGGAGGUUGAUCCUCGUGAAGCGAAGGCAGCUGUCAUUCAUGGUUCGGAUCUUCGGGAAAUGACAGAUGAACAAUUAGCAGAUGUUAUCAAAAACCAUUCUGAAAUUGUAUUCGCACGUACUUCUCCUCAGCAAAAACUCAUGAUCGUUGAAGGUUUUCAGCGUCAAGGACAAAUUGUUGCUGUUACUGGUGACGGUGUUAACGAUUCACCAGCAUUGAAGCGUGCAGAUAUUGGCGUCGCCAUGGGUAUUGCUGGUUCUGAUGUAUCAAAACAGGCUGCUGAUAUGAUCCUCUUGGACGAUAAUUUUGCUUCGAUUGUCGUCGGCGUUGAAGAAGGACGUCUUAUAUUCGAUAAUCUUAAGAAGUCUAUCGCAUAUACACUGACUUCAAAUAUCCCAGAGAUUACUCCUUUUUUGGUGUACAUUCUUCUUGGUAUUCCUCUUCCUUUAGGAACAGUAACCAUUCUUUGUAUUGACUUGGGUACUGAUAUGGUUCCUGCUAUAUCACUUGCAUACGAAGAAGCUGAGUCAGAUAUAAUGAAGCGUGCUCCUCGUGAUCCUCAGCGAGACAAACUUGUGAAUGAUCGGCUUAUUUCUCUAGCCUAUGGACAAAUUGGAUUUAUUCAAGCUUCGGCUGGAUUUUUUUCAUAUUUCUUCAUUAUGGCUGAAUGUGGUUUCCUUCCAUCGAAGCUAAUCGGAUUGCGAGCAGAAUGGGAUUCUCGUGCAUAUAAUUCGGUUGAAGAUUCCUAUGGGCAACAAUGGCCAUACUCUAACCGAAAAAUACUGGAAUAUACGUGUCAAACGGCUUAUUUUGUUUCAAUCGUCAUCGUUCAAUGGGCUGAUUUGAUUAUCUCAAAAACUCGCCGUAAUUCUCUCGUACAACAAGGAAUGAAUAAUUGGACUCUUAAUUUUGGUCUGGUUUUCGAAACUGCACUUGCCGCAUUUAUGUGCUAUUGUCCUGGCCUAGAUAAAGGUCUUCGGAUGUAUGGUCUCAGAUUUUCUUGGUGGUUCCCAGCUUUGCCAUUUUCGAUUUUGAUCUUUGUCUAUGAUGAAGCACGCAGAUAUCUCAUUCGUCGUUAUCCUGGUGGAUGGGUUGAGCGUGAAACUUAUUAUUAA